AUGAGGGAAGAGAUCAGCCAACUUAUAGAGAUACAGAAAAGCAUGCAGGAGAUGCUGAUUAACCAGUCACAAAGUCAAAGGUCAACUCCUCAGCCUAAGCCACAGUCUCAUGUAUUAACCCCUCCAGUUCCUUCGCCUAGAGUUGCAAGCAGACAGUCAGACUCUCCAGUGCCUACACCAGCUCCUAGAGCCUUUCCAGUUCCUGCACCGUGCCGCCUUUCUACACCUAAGAAUACAGAUCCUUCUGCAGCUAAAGUCAGCUAUGCACAGUAUGCUCCUUCAGUGCGGCUUAACUCAAAUGCCUUUGUUCCAGAUAAUGUGGCUGCUCACAUAUCCUCAGGUACUGUUGACACUCAUAGAGACACAAGGCAGCCAACAACAGGAAGGAGAGCUUCUAUUAUCUCCACAUCUCCUACCCCUUAUUCUAGUCAGCCACAUGCAGCACCAGUUAACUUUCCUGGGAUCCAGACUAACACUACAAGACAGGAGAUAAUUUAUAGAGGUCCGCAGCCAACCAUUCCAGAUUUCACCCGUCGAGACCCUGGUGAAUUUGCCCGUCUCAAACUUUCCUUGAAUAACUUGCUACCUGAUGAAGCUACAGAGCUAUUCAAGUACCAGGUUUUGGUGGAUCACCUAAAGUUAACAGAUGCUCGCCUCAUCGCUGAUUCCUUUUUAAAUUCAUCCACUCCCUACUCAGAUACCAUGGCAGCUCUCACUGAACGGUUCGGUCGACCUCAUCAGCUUGCCCUGAGCAAAAUUGCUGCCAUUAUGGAUGCCUCAGAUGUUCAGCCUGGCGACACUGUAGGCUUUGAACGCUUCACUCUUCAGAUACAAGCUCUAGUAGGAUUCCUUAAGACAUUAGGAACAGAAGGAGACAUUGAAUUGCAUUGUGGAUCCCAUGUGGCUCGACUUUUAUCCAAGCUCCCUCCAGAACAAAGAGCAUCCUUCCGCAGACACAUGAGUUAUGAGCCGGGCUCAGUGUACACGCUUCUUGAUCUAGCUAAAUGGCUUAAUUUUGAAUCCUGGUGCCAAGAUCCAGAGAGCUUUGGUGGAUAUAAGCCCCAGAGAGAUAGAGCCCGUUCCCGAGUGGAUCAACAGAAGGAGACUAAAGCCAAGGUUAGACAGACUACCAUAUUUCACAGCUCAAAUGAACCAUCUCCCCCAGUGCCACCAGUGUCAACCAAGAGUCAAGGCAAAGGCUACGCUUUCUGUCCAUACUGCAACAGUAAAGAGCAUUACCUGAGUCAAUGUGCCACAUUCCAGUGCCUAACCAAAGACCAAGUGAUCGACUGGAUUAAGACUAACAACAGAUGCUGGAAGUGUGGGCGUAACCAUAGAGCUGCUCAGUGUACUCUCAAGAAACUCUGCCAUUUGUGUAAUGGAAAGCACCUCCAGAUCCUCCAUGAGAUCAACAUUAAGCCAGUGAAUGAAGGGACUUGUUUGGUCAGUUCAACUAGCAAAAAGCUAUACCUAGACCGUCCUCAAGGAUUCAGUAGUGUCCUUCUUAAAGUGGUCAGAGUCAUUCUGAAGCAUAAGGGACAGAGCCUAGAUACUUACGCUGUGCUUGAUGAUGGUUCUGAACGAACUAUGCUGUUGACAUCAGCAGCCAGGAGGUUGGGACUUACCGGCCAGGCAGAGGACUUGGCUUUGAGAACUAUAAGGCAAGAUGUCACUAAGCUUCGUGGUACCUCAGUGUCCUUUCAGAUUUCAACCCCAUUCCAGCCUGGCAAGAGUUACAAUAUAACGGGAGCCUUCACGGCAGAACUACUGAGCUUAGCCGAACAUUCAUACCCUGUUGCAGAUCUUCAGCGACGUUACCGACAUCUGAGAGGCUUACCAUUACAGCCUAUUCACAAAGCCUGUCCACUGUUAUUGAUCGGAGCAGAUCAUCCUCACCUUAUCACUCCGAUUGAACCAGUCCGCAUCGGUCCACCUGGAGGUCCAGCAGCUGUCAAGACAAGACUGGGUUGGUCUUUACAAGGCCCAGCAAGAGUCUUUGGAGACAAUGUGAAACCUCAACAGUGUCUGCACAUUGCUGUUAAUCCCUCGAUGACAGAGUUGUUCCAAAAUGUUGAGAGACUCUGGCAAGCAGACGUGAUUCCCAACAGAACAGAGAAAUCUGUCAUUCGGUCUAAGCAGGACCAAGAAGCCUUUGACUUGCUCCAGUCACAGACUGUCAGAGUACUGAUCGAUGGUGUGAGUCGCUACGCCACUCCUCUCCUGCGUAAGAAAGAUAUGCCUAUACUUCAUGCUCCCAUGGAGGCAGUGCUUCCUAACCUUCGGAACACAGAGAAACGUCUGGAGAAAGACCCCAGUAAAGCAGCCGCCUACCAACAGGAGAUGAAGAAAUUGGAGACCUCAGGCUAUGUUGUCAAACUCCCACCUGAAUCAUUUGAUGCACAAAGUGAAUCGUGGUUCAUCCCUCACCACAUUGUGCAGCACAAUGAAAAAAACUGUGUGGUUUUUAACUGUUCAUUUGACUUUGAAGGCCAUAACCUGAAUGACUAUCUGCUGCCAGGACCAGCCUUGGGCCCAUCCUUGUUGGGUGUAUUCUUGCGCUUCCGUGAAUAUCCAGUGGCAAUAAGCGGUGAUAUUAAAGGGAUGUUCCAUCAGGUUCGUCUUCUACCCGGUGAUAGGCAUCUUCUCCGCUUUAUAUGGCGAGACUUGGACAGAUCUAAACCACCAGACAUCUACGAGUGGCAAGUGCUACCUUUCGGCACUACUUGUAGCCCAUGUUGUGCCAUUUAUGCUGUCCAAAGACAUGUCAUGGAUCAUAGCACUCCUGAUGACAACAUCCGAACCACUGUUGAAAGGAAUUUCUAUGUGGACAAUUGUUUGGAAAGCCUACCAUCCCCUCAGGAGGCAAGGCAGCUUGUAGACAGACUCUGCACCCUCUUUGCCAGUGGUGGGUUCGAACUUCGCCAGUGGGCGAGUAAUGACCCCAGUGUGGUGGACCACCUACCAACAGAAGCGAGAUCCAGCAGUACCGAAUUGUGGCUAUCUCAAGAUCGUACCAAUGUGCAAGAAUCUGCACUAGGUUUAAGGUGGCACUGCAAAUCAGACCUCCUUGGGUAUAAAAUCUGUCAUGUCAAGCCUGGACCAUGUACCCUUCGACACAUUUAUAAAGUACUUGCAACCCAGUACGACCCCUUAGGCUUCAUACUCCCAUUCACCACACGAGCCAAGAUUUUAGUUCAGAGAUUAUGGGACAAGCAACGAGAGUGGGAUGACCCAAAUCUACCUGACGACCUUUUGAUAACCUGGAAGGAAUGGGAGGCAGAACUGCCUACAUUAGCCAGUAUUUCACUACCCCGCUCUGUCACAUCCUCAAACAUUGAUCAGUCUCACAACAUCAAACAGAUUCACAUCUUUUGCGACGCUUCUCAGCAAGCUUAUGGAUCUGUUGCCUACCUACGGACUGAAGACGAUAGUGGUCAUAUUCAAUUAGCCUUUGUAAUAGCAAGAUCCAAGGUUGCCCCAAAACGACAUCUGACCAUUCCCAGACUAGAGCUGUGUGCUGCCCUGAAUGGUGCUCAAUUAGCCAGACUCUUGAAUACUGAGCUCACCCUCAAGAUCAAUUCAGUGACACUAUGGACAGAUUCCACCACUGUUCUGGCCUGGCUCAAAUCUGAAUCUUACAGAUUCAAGGUGUUUGUUGGAACCAGGAUAGCUGAAAUUCAAGAGCUGACUGCAGAAAGUACCUGGCGAUAUGUGGAUUCCAGCAGUAAUCCAGCAGAUGAUCUCACCCGAGGUAAAACUCUUUCUCAACUAUCAGUGCCCAACAGAUGGAGCCAAGGACCAUCGUUCCUGCUUGAGUCUGAAUCGGUAUGGCCUGUCUCUCCUCCCAUACAACUACCAGAAAUUAAAACAGAGCAGCGCAAAGGAAUCUUCUGUGGUCUUAUGACGGAAGUGGUUGUGCCUGACAUUCCUGACCUUUCUACUCACAGCACCUGGAACGAGUUAGUAGAGGCCACAGUUCAGGGGCUAAAAGAUACAGGACCACCAUCAGCAGCAGACUACCAAACUGCGGAAUGGCAUAUCCUGCAGAAAUCUCAAAUUGAUAGUUUUCCCGAUGAGUACAAACUGCUAAAAGCAGGUAAAUCUGUACCUUCCACUAGUCGGCUACUUGCUCUUGCCCCAGAAUUUGACGACUCUUGCCAACUUAUCAGAGUUGGUGGUCGUUUACGUCGAGCUGAAGGACUAGAGCUGUCAGUUAUACACCCUGUAGUUCUUGACCCACAUCACUGGGUUACCAAGCUGCUGAUCCAAGACUAUGACAGUAAACUCUGCCAUCCAGGACCUGAAAGAGUUUUCGGAGAGAUAAGGAGAAACUUUUGGAUACUGAGAGGUCGGGAAGCUAUACGUAAAGAACAACAUCUGUGCAAAGACUGUCAAAAAUGGAAAAACCAACCAGUUAUUCCCAGAAUGGCAGAUUUACCACCAGCUCAACUCAGACUACUCAAACCCCCAUUCUACAGUACAGGCAUGGACUGUUUCGGGCCAUUCCAAGUUAAGAUUGGAAGACGAUGUGAAAAGAGGUGGGGAAUCAUUUUCAAGUGUCUCACAACACGAAGCGUGCAUCUAGACCUCCUCACAUCUAUUGAUACUGAUUCCUUUCUGAUGGCCUUGAGGAGAUUUGUAGCUCGCCGUGGCACACCUUCUGAGUUGUAUUCGGACCAUGGCACUAACUUCCAUGGAGGACAAAGAGAGUUGCAAGAAGCCUUUACAUCGCUCACUCCCCAACUCCAGCUACAUUUAGCUAAACAGAAAAUUUCUUUCCACUUUAACCCGCCUGGAGCCCCACAUUUUGGAGGUGCGUGGGAAAGAGAAAUUAGGUCUGUCAAGACAGCCCUUCGUGUCACAGUCGGCUCCCAAGUUGUAACAGAGGAAGUUCUCCAGACGGUACUCAUUGAGGUGGAGGGAAUGCUUAACAGCAAGCCCCUUGGUUACCUUUCCAGUAAUGUAGCUGACCUUGACCCUGUUACACCAAAUUAUCUGCUUAUGGGGCGGCUAGACAGCUCACUACCCUUUGUAGUUUAUCCUGCUACAGAACUUAUGGGCAGAAGGAGAUGGAGGCAGAGUCAAGUUCUGGCCGAUCAGUUCUGGUUAAGCUUCAUUCGUCAUUACCUGCCUACGUUACAGACCCGCAACAAGUGGCACACAGAUGCCAGCGACAUUUCUACCGGAACCAUUGUAAUGCUCAUCGAUCCACAGCUACCAAGAGCAUUGUGGUUAGUAGGCAAAGUUGUGAAGACCUUCCCAGGUUCUGAUGGCCAUAUUAGAGCUGCAGAGAUCCAGGUUAAGGACAAGACCUACACCCGACCUGUUGCCCGCCUGAUCCCCCUUCCUGCAUUCACAGAUCAAGAACAACCUGCAUUAGCCCCCUCGGACUGAUUAGUUAUAUUGAGUACAAAUAUGCAUAGCAUAUUUGGGGGCGGCCGUGUAAACUGCGCUCUGAUUGGUUGAAUGACGUCAGUCAGUGCCUCGUAGUCAGUAAGAGAUGAGCUGUGAAUGCUCUGCUGCAUCCUUUCCUUGAGCAGUUAACUUAUGUGAGCGAGUUAAUGACCAGAAAACCACUCACUGUUACCACUUCCUGUUACUGCUUGAAAUGAAUCAUCAGUAAACCUCAAACUCUGGUUCAACUGUGUCUUAUGUGUUCUUGCCGACACACCAGUGCGGAUACAAACCCACCUCCUCCAGCACAAAUACAGUCCUU